AUGGUUGCAUUUGGGCAAGUGGUUCUGGGUCCUCCAGGUAGUGGGAAAUCAACGUACUGUAAAGGUAUGCACGAGUUUCUCACUGGCACUGGAAGGAAAGUUGCGAUUGUGAAUCUUGAUCCUGGAAAUGAGAACCCUCCUUUCACUGCUGAAGUUGACAUAAGAGACCUGAUCACUAUUGAAGAUUCCAUGGCAGAGUUUAAGCUGGGACCAAAUGGAGCUCUCAUGUACUGCAUGGAGUUCAUUGAGAAGAACUUCGACUGGGUUCUCAACCAGUUGGCAAAGUUUCCCAAGCAUUACUUUUUAUUUGAUCUUCCUGGUCAAGUCGAGCUUUACACUCAUCACUGCUCCGUAAAGAACAUGGUGGAGCUGAUGGCGAAGAAGGACUUCAGGCUAUGUGCAGUGAAUCUUGUGGAUUCUCAUUAUUGCUCAGAUGCAGGAAAGUUCAUAUCCGCACUUCUCGUAUCCCUAACGACCAUGCUGCAGCUUGCUCUUCCACACAUCAACAUCUUGUCCAAAAUCGACCUGGCCCAGAAGUACGGGAAACUAGAAUUCGGCCUUGAUUACUACAUGGACGUCAUGGAUCUCAACUUCCUCUUGGACACCAUUCCAGACGACCCGUUUAUGUGCAAGUUUGCCAAACUGAAUGAGGCCUUGGUCGGGAUUGUCCAGGACUACAGUCUGGUGUCCUUUUACCCCCUCGAUGUGGAGAAGAAGGAGAUGAUGUUCACUGUUAGAUCUGCCAUCGAUAAGGCGAACGGUUAUGUGUUUGGGGUGGACGAGAAAAACUUUGAUAUGGUUGCUGCCAUGUCUUUUGCCGUGGGAGCGGAUUUUGAAUAUGCCCGGGUUGGGAUGGCCAGAGAAAUGAUGGAUGAGACUGAUGAAAGCUGACAGCUUUGAUUAGUGAUGGAGAAAAUAAGAUAUACUUUCCAGCCUUUUGAAAUUCAUUCAGAAAUCAGCCUUCUUUAAUAUCUUCAAACCAGUUGAUGUGCUGCAAGGAAUUUUUUCCUUCACUGAUAAUGGCGAAGAGUGGCUGAAAUUUAACUCAAGUCAUUUACAGGGUUUUCUUCUCUCAUGUUCCUCCCAUGUGUGCAUUAAUUUUUUGAAAGAAUUUUUAAAAACUUUUUUCCUACUACGUGCAAUUCUACGACGUAUUUAGCCCCAAGUUCGUGAAGCUUUUCUGCAAGCGUUUCUUUGAGAAAAGUGUUUUUCGCAAACAAUUUCGAAUUUUCUGCAGCACUUUUUUUCCACAUAUCUCAUGAAAAUUUCCUGAGAAAGAGGGCUGAUGGUUUUUGAAAAUGAAAUAUCUUAUCUCGGGAAUUUCAACUUAAUUUCUUUUUUUUUUUGUCGCAGAGAACUUGGCGAAAAUUUAUUUGGUAUCUUGACGUGAAACAAGAUGGUGAACAUGAGGUACCCUGUGACUCUUGGCGCGAAGAUCGUGCAGUUCCCCUUCCGCUACUACUACGAAAACACGUGGGUGUUCCGAUACUGGAUGUACGGAGUUGGAGCCAGUGUUCCACUUUUCUGGUGGAUCCAGACCAAGUCUCGAUCCGAGGGCAACUGGAAGGCCUAUUAUGCUGCCAAGGAGAAGGAGCGGUUGGAACACGCCGAGCACCACUAGAAAAAAGGAAAGACAGGAGUUGAUGCGAGAAGGGGGGUGUGUUAGUCUUCAUUUGUGUCCUGCUGAGGGUCAGCUGCAAUAUUUUGAGUUCCUCAAUCUUUGUUUGAUGUUAGCCGCGGAAUAAAAGGUCUUAAUCUA